ACAGAGAGAGCACGCGCAGUGCACCAGCACCGGGUUCAUCCACUCCGCAGCGCCCUCGCCUUCCCCGCCGCUGGGCAGCCCAGCCCAGGCUGAAAACCCCAGCUCCCCCGCGCCGCACCGGCACCGGCACCGCACUGCAGGGUUCUCCGGCCGUCCGGCGUAGUCCGCCUCCAGCCGCGAGUACGAACGAAACCGGCGGGACUGGGCCAUGGCGGCGGCUCCGUUCGUCUACUGCCCCCCCUCCGACGACGGCGGCGCCGAUGAGAACGCUCUCCUGAUGGCGGCGCUCCACGGCAACCUCGACCGCCUCAAAGGUAUUGUAAACAGUCUUACCCGGGGGAAUGGCGGCCCAUCGGCGAUUUUUUCUUUCCACAAAGAUGGUGUUGGUGUGUUGCAUGGUGCGGCAUGCGGAGGCCAUCUGGAGGUUUGCAAGUAUUUGGUGGAGGAGCUUGGGGGAGAUGUGAAUGCUCCUGGAAUUGGAACUGUAGCUCUAGGUGCAACUCCGUUUAUGAUGUCAGCUCAGUCUGGUGAUGUUCCCACUGUCAAGUAUUUCCUUGAUCAUGGUGGUGAUCUAAUGAAAGCAGAUGACAAGGGACGCACAAUUCUCCACCAUGCUGCCUCGGCAGGAUGCUGCAAGGUAACAGAGUUCCUCCUUUCAAAAGGGGUGCCAGUUGACAUAGACUGUGGCCGUGGACCACCACUCUUCAUGGCUGCUACAAAUGAGCAGGAUAAGACACUGAAGAUUUUAUUAGACCACCAUGCAAAUCCUAACAUCAUAAUCAGCGGUGCUACUACUCCCCUGCUGAGUGCUCUUAUUUACCGUUCAUUGAAGUGCAUGAAGCUACUCAUUAAGGCUGGUGCCGAUGUAAAUUGCAAGGCUUCCACUAUGACACUUUUGGUGUUUGCUACACUGCAAGGAGGUUAUACCAACUUCAUUAAGUUCCUGUUGAAGGCUGGAGCUGAUCCUAAUAUUCCCGAUGAUUUGGGUAGGUUACCAGUAGAGCUUGCUGCAUUACGAGAUUGCAAGGAAGAGGUUGAAAUGUUGUUUCCUUUGACCACGCCAAUUCCAACUGUCCCAAACUGGAGUAUUGAGGGGGUAAUUUCCCAUGUGAAAAAUGAAGAUAAAAAACCAAUGGAGCAACGGCACCGUGAAAGAAGACAACGUUUACUCAAGUCACAGGCUGAUACAGCAUUCAAGAUGAAGGAGUAUAAGAUGGCAUCAAAGUGUUAUGGUCUGGCAAUAGAUCAUGGUGAGAGUGCAACACUGUAUGCAAACAGGAGUGUCUGUAAACUGCUCAUGGGUGAUGGUGAAGGUGCUUUGUCAGAUGCUCUCAGGUGCAGAAUGCUGAGGCCUGAUUGGGCAAAAGCUUGCUACCGUCAAGCCGCAGCUCACAUGCUUCUCAAGGAGUAUAAACAAGCCUGUGAUGCUCUGUUGGAUGCACAAAACUUGGAUCCUGGGAAUGAUGAGAUUGAACGUGAACUACGGAAGGCUAGGGAACUCAUGAAGAAUCCUCCCGCUGACGGUGAGCAGUGAGGCGUGGGCGUGCGCAGGCUGGAACAUGUUCCGCCAUUCGCUAAAGUAGAGCUAUAGCAGGAACUUCCAAUCCUUGUGUUCUGACUUCUGAUGUGAAAUUCACGUAAAACUCGCAUCUGCAGACUGCUAAAACAUUACUUCUUGUGAAACCGUCUCGUCUUUCGCUUGGAUUGUACCUGACAAAUGCAAUUUCUGUUGUUUUGGACGA